CCAUGGUCGGCCGGGGCGCAGGCGCGGGCUCCACAGUGGAGAAAGAUGGCGGCACCGACGUUUACUGCGAGGUUAUACUCCCUGUUGUUCCGCAGGACCUCCACUUUCGCCCUCACCAUCGCCGUGGGCGCUUUGUUCUUCGAGCGCGCCUUCGACCAAGGCGCGGACGCGAUCUACGAACACAUCAACGAGGGGAUGUGAAUCCCAAAACAUUAAAUGAGAAGCUGUGGAAACACAUCAAGCACAAGUAUGAGAAUAAGUAGUUCCCCGGAGACCCCUACCCAAGCCAAAAGGACCAGGUCCAUCCACCAGCUGUUUGCCCAGAACCAGGGCCUCAGCUUGAAGAUGAUGCUCAGAUUACUCUUCACCGACCACCUUUAGCUGUUGGCAAGAAGUGGCUUCACCUGACAGACUCUUUAACUUCUGCUGUGUUUGAAGCAUGUUUAAUCAGUCAUCAGCAAAUAAAUGUAAAUUGUCCUUGA